GGAAGAGUUUCGAGACCUUGUUCCUCUCUUAGAGGGUCUUGUAAGAUGCUUAUGUGGAUAAAUCUUUUGAGUUAUAUCUGUCUUUUGUUUUACAUCCACUACACUUACACAUGUCGUAUCAGAAUUGGUCAGGAUGGUUUUGGCUAGGAUUGUCCUAGUGUCUUUGUGAUGCAUUAUGAUCAAACGGUCGUGAAGGCUUCUGAAAAGCUUAUGCAGAGAGUUUUGCUAUUUUGUGUGGUAACGGUUGAGAGUUCCAAAAUCCAAUAUUUCUCUCCCUAUCUCUUACUUUUCUAGCUCUCUCUCCUAAAAUGCUUCUACUAUCUCCGAUCUCUGCCUCUCUUCAACCGUCGUUUCACCGGGGAAAUUUGAUCCGGCGAUCAGUUAAGCCGUCAGGUAGGGUCAUAGUAGCCAAGGCCAAGGACAAUAGUGACACUGGUGGAUUUCUGGAGACGGCAGCUAUAGCCGGUGGUUUAGUGUCGACGCCAGUUAUUGGAUGGUCCCUCUACACUCUGAAGACCACGGGGUGUGGCUUGCCUCCAGGACCAGCUGGUUCAAUCGGAGCGUUGGAAGGUGUGAGCUACUUGGUGGUUGUUGGAAUCGUUGGUUGGUCUCUGUACACCAAGACAAAAACCGGGUCGGGUCUGCCAAAUGGGCCGUUUGGUUUGUUGGGUGCUGUGGAGGGCUUGUCGUAUCUGUCGGUUUUAGCCAUUCUUGUGGUGUUCGGUCUUCAGUUCUUGGGUAAUGGGUCGGUUCCUGGUCCACUUCCUAGUGACCAGUGUUUUGGUUAGCCACGUGUAAUUUCGUAUAAAUAAAGUGUCAAUUAAUAUUUUUAUCAGAUCCGAUUCAAUAUC